AUGGUGCAGAUUGUGGUGGCAACAUGGCUAUGCAUCUGGUCGAGCAGUAGUAUUAUUGCAUUUGGAUUGGGAUUGGGAAUUAACUACAGCAAUGUGAGUUUCAACACGGAAUAUUCGGAGAAUAUUACUGAGCAACGUUACGAGAGUUUCAUUAAAUCUCUACGAGAAAAAUUGAAGAGUGAAACCGAGAAUAAUCGAAGCCGUGGCAUUCCAGUGUUGCGCACUGCAUCCGAAGCGAUCGGCAACAAAAAAUUUGUGUAUGCGACACUUCACAAUGAUGCAGGCGUCAGCAUCACAUUUGCACUAAAUGCUGUCGACGCAUAUGUGGUGGCCUAUCAAGUUAACGGUGGACAAAAUCGUUGCAACUUCUUUAAGGAAUUUCCUGCCGAUUCGGAAGCCUUGGUUUUCCAUAAAUGUCUUAAAACUGGUGCUGGUCUCCCAUCUAGUUAUGGCGAAUUAGGAAGCAGAGAAAAAACCCAGUUGGGAUUCGUGCCAUUAUCCCUAUGCCUAAAUAGUUUUGAAAAUUUUGAUGGCACAGGGAAUACUAAAGAUGUUCGUAAAUGUCUUCUAGUUGUCAUACAAAUGGUUGCAGAGGCUGCAAGAUUCAAAUAUAUUCAGGGAAAAAUGGUUGCAGAGGGACUUUUCCCAGGAGAAGAUAUUACACUCCUUGAGAAUGCAUGGAGCCUUCUUUCCACAGCAAUCCAGAAUUCUAAAGAUGGAACGUUUAGUCCAAUUCAAUUGAGAGACGAAAAGUACGUGCUCCAAUCUGUGACCAUGGUUGACGAGGUCAAAGACCGCAUGGGACUCUUGCUCGCACUGAAAACCCCGUUGGAAAAGCCGUCCAAAAACCCGUCAAAAAACCCGUUGGAAAAGCCGUCCAAAAACCCGUCGAAAAACCCGUUGGAAAAGCCGUCGAAGAAGUUGCCAAAAGAUGAAUUUUGA